CCCGUGUUUAGUGGACACAAGCUCCUGUUUUCUUUUACAUGUCGGCUCCGGCGGCAGCGUCCGUCCUGGACUUUGACGAAAUUCUCGCCGAGAUAGGCGAAUUCGGGAGAUUCCAGCGUCUGAACUAUCUGCUCAUCUGCCUGCCUGUUUUAUUCGCGGCCGCCAACAGCCUGUCGUAUGUUUUUACGGCAGGAUCGCCCACCUAUCGAUGUUAUGUACCCGGCUGCGAUAGUUUAGACAAACCGGAUUAUGGAGCGGAAUGGGUCUCCAUCGCCGUGCCCGGCAGCUGGAGCAAGCGGGGUCACUUCACACCAUCCACCUGCGACAGGUUCAUGGCGAACGGAAGCCGCUCUGUAUCCGAAUCCGAACCUUGGAACCCGUGGCCCUUGCACCAGUGCUCCGCUGAGAAUUUCACUGCGGAGACGGAGAGAUGCCGACAGUUUGUGUACGGCAGUUCGGAGCGCACCAUUGUGCAGCAGUGGGGGCUGCAGUGCCAGGAGAAUCUAUGGAAGCUGGCGUUCGUGGGCACGAUGCACUUUGCUGGCCUGGUGUUGGGAACAGCCCUGUCCGGUUACCUGGCGGACCGAUACGGACGUAAGCAUGUCUUUUUGAUCUGCAUCGUGUUCAUGGCCCUGACGGGAGUGGCGCAGGCGCUGUCCUGGGACUACACCAGUUUCCUGGUCUUCGCCCUGCUGAACGCGGUGGGCACUUCCGGCGUCUACCCGCUGGCCUUCAUCAUCGGCGUGGAGAUGGUAGGGCCGCGGAAGCGCGAAAUGUCCUCCAUCGUGCUCAACUAUUUUUACGCAGUGGGAGAGGCGCUCCUCGGACUGUCAGUUUUCCUGCCCGACUGGCGCCAACUGCAGCUGGCGCUUUCGAUUCCGCCCCUCAUCUGCGUGGGCUACUUCUGGCUGGUGCCGGAGUCAGUCCGGUGGUUGCUGGCCCGCAACCGGCGGGAGCAGGCCGGCGACAUCAUCCGCCGGGCCGCGAAGGUAAAUCGGCGAGACAUAUCCAUGGAGCUGAUGGCCAGCUUCAAGCAGCAGGAGCUGGAGGCGGAAACGGCGCCGGAGUAUGGAGCCGAGGGUGUCCUGGCCGAGCAGAAGGACGAUAAGAUUUGGUUGGCCAUCAAGCAGGUAGCGGGCUCUCGCAUUUUGAUGGCCAGAUACGCAAUUUUGCUUCUUAUUUGGGCUGUCAACGCAAUAGUCUACUAUGGACUUUCGCUGAACGCGACCAGUCUGAGUGGCAACCAGUACCUCAACUUCGCUCUGGUCUGCCUGGUGGAGAUCCCCGGCUACAGUCUCGCCUGGCUGUUCCUGCGGAAACUCGGCCGACGUCUGGCCCUUUCCGGAUCCUUGCUGCUCUGCUCUAUCACGUGUGUAGGCAGCGGUUUCGUAACUCUGGCGCAAGAGGAUUGGAUUCCCUGCCAGACCGGAGUUGAAGGUAGACACUCAUGGAGUUGUGCCAAUUGGCUGGUUGUGACGCUCUUCCUUGUCGGAAAACUGGGCAUCACAUCAUCCUUCGCCGUCAUAUACACCUUUACUGCGGAAAUGAUGCCCACGGUUAUUCGGAGCGGCGGCGUCGGUGUCAUGUCCACAUUUGCACGUUUUGGAGCAAUGCUGGCACCUUUCGUGCCUCUUUUGGCAUCAUAUUACGAGCCGCUGCCCCUGCUGCUAUUCGGGGGCUUAUCGCUGGUAGCUGGACUCCUCUCGCUUUUGCUCCCGGAAACCUUUAACCGGAAGCUGCCGGAUACGGUGGAAGAGGCCAUUGCUUUGGGGAAUCAAAACCCGCCUUUCAGCCGAUGAUUUCAUGGUUAUAUCCACAGUCAAAGAGUACACUGGGCCCGAUUUUUGGUAAAGGACAAUUACGCUGAGCUUUGUAAAUACUCAUAAUAAAGAAUAAUGCCAAAAGAA